GUGGUUCUGCCGCGUGACCAGCGGACCUGAGCCAAUUGGUCUAAGUGAGUCAAGGGGCGGGGUGAGGAAGUGAGGAAGACAAGGCUGUAGCUGUAGACUAGCGAUCCGGGGAAGGGAACGUGGGGAGGGGUAAAGGGGGGGGCGGGAGGAGGGCUUCCCCGGAGGAGGCGGAGGGCCAUGGCAGCCAUUCGGCAGAGACUACGGCGGCGAGCCCGCGCGUGGCUUUGAAUGAGCCGCUGAGUAAGGCCGAGGACGAGCGCACGCGCGCGUGCCUGCGUGCGCGCGGCCCGCGGCAGCUCGGAGCCUCCGCCGGGCUGGCGGGGAGGGGGAGGGGCAGGUUCUGCUUCCCAUCAUGGCUAUCACACAGUUCCGGUUGUUUAAAGUUUGUACCUGCCUAGCUACAGUGCUCUCCUUCAUUAAGAGGUUAAUAUGCAGGUCGGGCAGAGGACGGAAAUUAAGUGGAGAUCAAAUAACUUUGCCAACAACAGUGGAUUAUUCGCCAGUUCCUAAGCAGUCAGAAGUUGAAGACUGGAGCUCCUGGGAUGAAGAUGCACCCACAAGUAUAAAGAUCGAAGGAGGGAAUGGAAAUGGAACAGCACAACAAAAUACAAUGGAACAGUUGGAACCUGACUAUUUUAAAGACAUGGCACCAACUAUAAGGAAAACACAGAAAAUUAUUAUUAAGAAGAGAGAACCAUUAAAUUUUGGCAUCCCAGAUGGUACUACAGGUUUCUCUAGUAGAUUAGCAGCUACACAAGAUAUUCCUUUUAUUCACCAAUCCCCUGAAUUAGGUGAUUUGGAUACCUGGCAGGAGAAUACAAAUGCAUGGGAAGAGGAAGAAGAUGCAGCUUGGCAGGCAGAGGAAGUCUUGAGACAGCAAAAAAUAGCCGACAGAGAAAAGAGAGCAGCAGAACAACAAAGGAAGAAAAUGGAAAAGGAAGCACAACGACUAAUGAAGAAAGAACAGAACAAAAUUGGUGUGAAACUAUCAUAACAGAUGUUUGACAUUUCCAUUUGAAGGAUUUCGAGCUCUACAAUAUGAGCAUCAUUUGUAUGGGUUUAAAAGUAUUUUUAGAAUACAAACAAGCUGCUUGAUUUUGAUGUGUUCAUCAGGCCUUCCAGGAUACCAGGAUUCUCCUAUCGCCACUUGAACUGCUGGUAGUUGGGAAUUAAACAAAAUGAAAAGACUUAUAAGACAAUAUUUUUCUUCAGUAUCUUCCAAACAUAUAAGAAAAUUGAUUGCUGCAGAGAAAUUAUUACAAAUGGGAUAUACCAGUAACUCUUCAAGUUUCUGUUUCUAGCUUGGAAAAAAUUGGGUGUAAAUAAUUUUCUGGUGGGAGAACCUACUCUGCCGUCUAUUAUGCUUUCAUUCAAUGUGUGUAAAAAAUGAAAUAAACAAUUUUAAAGAAUACUUUGUCUACAUGGUUACUUAUCCUGAAUCAGAUCUAAAUUGCUGUUUUAACUUUCUUAUUUCAUUUGUUUUACAAGCUGGUAUAUACGUAUGUUUCCUCUGUCAAAAUUUCCUACAGCAUUGAGGAAUGUGAGAAUUUUAUUUUCGCUGAAAAAAAAGCCAUUGAAUGCUUGGUUUUCUUUUGUAGACUGUCAUAUAGGCUUUCCGCAUCAUAAAGAUUUUUUUGGUAAUACACGUAAUAUAUAGCUA